AUGGGGUCCUCCACAGAAAUCACAUCCAAAGUGACCUCGGGCUCACCUUACCAGCUCGACAGUCCCCAGGUUCUCAAAGCUUCCUCCGCAUUGCUGCGACACAUCAAGUCGAACCAGGAAGAAAAGGAAAAGUCAGCGACAAAGAAGACCCUGAUUGGCGACAAUGAUGAAGACUCCGAUGCCGAGGAUACCCCAAUCCACAACGAAGCAGUGUGGCUCAUUCUCACCACCAAGAAGCAUGUGGUGGACAAGAACCGUCUGAAGCCCAGCAAAAUUAGCCUCCCUCACUCCCUCAACUCGUCCCCCUCGCUUAGCAUCUGUGUGAUCACCGCCGAUCCACAGCGCGGCGUGAAAGACAUCAUCGCCGACUCGUCCUUCCCUCAAAGUCUCUCUUCCCGCAUCGAAAAGGUCAUUGGCUUUUCCAAGCUGAAGGCGCGCUACCAGAGCUUCGAGAGCCGCCGGCAAUUGUUCGCAGAGCACGAUGUGUUCCUGGCGGACGAUCGCAUCAUUACGCGACUGGUGCCGACCCUCGGAAAGAUCUUCUACAAGUCGAGCAAGCGGCCGAUCCCCAUUCGCAUCGCGGAAAUCGAAAAGGUGGAGGGCAAGCGUGUGAAGAAGGACCCCAAGAAGAAGCCCACCAAGGAAGACAAGAGCGCAUCGUUUGCGGCCCCCCUGAUUGUUGCCAAGGAGAUCGAGAGGACCCUCCACUGCGCGCCGGUGCAGCUUGCCCCAGCCACGACCGCCGCCAUCCGUGUCGGCUCGUCCAAGUUUACCCCCGAACAACUGUCGGACAAUGUUGCGGCCGUGGUUCAGGGACUGACAGACAAAUUCGUGACCAAGGGCUGGAGGAACAUCAAGGCUUUCCACGUCAAGGGCGCCAACACUAUGGCUAUGCCGAUCUGGCUUGCUAGUGAGCUGUGGGUGGACGACGCCGAUGUGGUGGAGGGUGCACCCGAAACCCAAGCGAUUGAAGACGCCAAGUCUAGCAAGAAGCGCAAGUCUAUUGGAGACGAAAAGCUGUUGGAAGGGAAGAAGUCUAAGAAGUCCAAGUCUGCCGACGACGAGGACGAUUCGUCUGCAAGGAAAGAGAAGCUGCAGCAGCUCAAGGCCAAGGCUCUUGAAGACGGCGACAAGAAGGACGCACCAAAAGCCUCGGGCAAGAAGAAGAGAAAGUCGACCUCAUAG